AUGAAAUCUACACUCGUUUUUGGCGUCGUCCUUUUCGGGCUCGCCAGCUUAUUUGCCAAUGCAGCAGCACUUCCAGCUGAAAACACCGAGUUGAUACCAAGACUAGACAGCCGUGGCACAAGUAAAUUAUCAGCAUUUUGUGCAAAGCAUGGGAACACUCCUGGUACUAGGCAAUGCUGGACACCUGGGUUUACGGCCGAGACCGAUACGACCACUUCGUGGCCCAAGACGGGAGUUAUUCGCAACUACGACUUCCACAUCCAAAACACCACUUGUAGCCCCGAUGGCUCAAACCCUAGAGUCUGCAUUUUAAUCAAUGGGCAAAUUAGACCUCCAACGAUUGUUGCCAACUGGGGGGAUACUAUCAGAGUUACCGUUCAUAACGAGCUUCAGUCAAAUGGCACAUCAAUCCACUGGCACGGUCUCCGCAUGUUGAACAACAACCUCAAUGAUGGUGUUAAUGGCAUUACCGAAUGUGCUUUGGCUCCAGGCGACUCGAAGACCUAUGAGUUUACAUGUACUGAGUACGGAACGACUUGGUUCCACUCUCAUUUUGGAGCACAAAUGGCAGACGGCCUUGUUGGAACCAUUCAGAUUAACGGACCAGCCACGGCCGACUAUGAUGUGGACCUUGGAGUGAUGCCAAUCUCAGAUUGGUUUUACACGACAGCAUUCCAAACAUCCGCGAUAGCUAUGCAGAAUGGACAGAAGAAUUUGCUGCCUCCCUUCGCGGACAACAUCUUGGUCAAUGGUACGGCUAAGAAUGCUCAGGGCGGCGGCGCCUGGAACAGGGUCACGAUAGAAAAGGGCAAGAAAUAUCGUCUUCGACUGGUCAAUACCGCGUCAGACGCGAACAUGAUCGUCAGCUUAGACGGACAUCCGUUUCUUGUCAUCGCAAACGACUUUGUGGCCAUCGAGCCUUAUCGGACCACUCACCUACAAAUAGCUAUUGGUCAGCGCUACGAUGUAGUCAUUACUGCGGAUCAGCUCGCCAGCAAUUACUGGUUCCGGGCUCAGGCCAACUCGCUCUGUAGCUCUAGUAGCGCACGUGAAGGGCGUGCCAUCUUCAACUACCAAGGCCAGCCUGUCGCCGACCCCACCUCGACUGCUGAAAGCAUUCCUUUCACAGAAUGUGGCGAUCCGAUUACCACUCCCAAAGUCCCCAUUGAUGUCGAAAGCCGUACCUUUCAGUCCCAGGCGAAGGAUCUCCCUGUAAUGUUUGGUCCAGUCAAGGCGAAUCACAACACUUUGCUUUGGACCAUCAACGGUACCUCUAUGGCGGUUGAUCAUGGGCAUCCAACUUUCGAUUAUAUCGCUAAGGGAAUCAAUAUUCCUAAGUCAUACAAUGUUGUUAGAGUGCCAUUGCCCUCCAAGAUGGUUUACUGGAUCAUUCAGCAGGAUCCUCAUGCCAUCCCUAUUGACCAUCCCAUUCAUCCCCAUGGCCACGACUUUUUUCUGCUAGGCAAAGGUAAGGGUCAAUUCGACCCUGAGCGUGAUUUUGGCCAGUUGAAAUUCAUGAAUCCGACCCGUCGAGAUGUUGCAAUACUUCCAGCAAGCGGGUGGCUCGCGAUAGCUUACCCCGCGGAUAAUCCAGGUGUUUGGUUGAUGCACUGUCACAUUUCAACUCACGUAGGCAUGGGCUUCAGUGUUCAAAUCUUAGAGCACGAGCAACAGAUCAAGUUCCCUGAUCCAAGCUCAGAAUGGUACAGGACCUGCAAGAACUGGAACGAGUGGAGAGGUGGAAGUGAGGAUGUAUGGGGUCAGAGUGACUCCGGGCUCUGA